AUGAAUAAUAGAAAUAAAAAAAUUAUUAAAUAUAUAAAAGAGAAUGAAUACAAUAAUUUUCAUUUUAGAACUCACAAUCGGAAUAAAUUUGAUAUUUUGGAAAAUUUUGGAUUUUUUUCAAUCUCUCUAAAUAUCAUUAUUAGAAUAAGAAAUAAGAAAUUAAAUAAAGUAAAAUUAUUAUCUUCGAGUAGUGAAUUUAUUAAUAAUUAUUAAGUUGAAUAUAUUGAAUUAUAUGGAUUAAGUUUAUUGUUACUUAUGAAAUAUUUAUUUGAAGGUUUUCGCUUUAAUUCAUUUUUACUUAUAAUAACUUAUUUUAGUGUUUUUUAUGAAAAGGUUUAUAAUAUAAUAUAUUUUAGGUCUUUAAAUUCAAUAGUUAUUUAUCUUAUAUAUCAGUAAUUGUUACAUUUUUAUAUUUAUGGUCAUAGUUUAAUUAAAAACAUUUUUCAUUACCAAAGCCAACAGGAUAAUUUAGAACUUGUUAUAAAUAAAUAUAAAUAAAGGAUAAAUAUUCAACUAGUGUUUCAGUUUAUUACCCAUGCCUUAAUUAGAAUUAGAAUGAUAUUGAUUAUAAAUGGCUUCCAGAUGUAAAAUAUUCCAAAUAGAUAUAUGAAAGAAUGUAAUUAUAAUUUAAAUGGGUUCCUUAUUAAUUGAUAUUUGAUUUUGGUUUAAGCUUUCUCAAGUAAAUUUAAAAUAUGAUAAUUAGUUAUAUAACUUUUAAAGCAAGUAUAGAAUAACCUAUAAUGAAUAAAAACCUUGACGUAGUUAUUGUUAGUCAUGGAUUCACUUAACAUAGAAAUGCUUAUACAUUUUUGUGUUAAGAAUUAGCAAGUGAAGGUUAUGUUGUAUUUUCAUUAUAACAUACAGAAAUGGUUUAUCCAUGGGAUUUGAAAUAAACUAAAAUCUUAAAUUCUGGCAAUAAACCAGAAGUUAUGGAAAAAUAUUAAAAUUUACGAGCAACACAUUUAAAUUGGAGAUGUGAAUAAGUUAUGAAUCUGAUUUAAUAGAUAAAAUUUGGAUAAAUUAAUGACAUUUUUGAUAAUUUUAAUCCCUUAAGUAUUAAUUUAAUUGGACAUUCUUUUGGUGGAGCUACUGUUUUGAAAGUUGCAUAAAAUAUUUAAAUAGAUAGUGUAAUCUCUUUUGAUCCAUGGUUAUUUCCAUUCAAUAAAGAUGAUUUCUUAAAAUAAGUUAAAGGAAGAACAUUAAUAUUAAGCAAAGAUAUUAAUAGAAAAUUUUAAUAAGUAUUUGAACCAAAAUUAUUAAUGGAUUUUCUUAAAAAUAAUAAUGUUGAUCAUUAUCGUAUAAAAGGAUUAGAUCAUGCCUAUCCAAAUGAUUUAACAUUUUUAUUCCCCAUUGAAAUGGCUGUAUUUGGAGAACUUAGAACUACUACCAAAGUUUAUCAAAUAAACAAAAUUUUAAUUUCAAUUACAAAAAAGUAUAUUAAAUCAUAAUCCUUCAACAACGAAGAAAUCAAUUAAUUUUGUUGA